GUCUCCGUCCCAGACCCUGCCGCACAAUCUGUCAUGGCGGCUGGACUGUUAAGUUUCAGCGUCCGCCGUCUUUUGGCGGCAGUGGCGACACGAGGUCUCCCGGCUGCGCGUGUUCGCUGGGAAUCCAGCUCUUCUAGGGCCGUGGUAGCCCCGUCCACUGUUGCGGGAAAGCGGGCGCCGGAACCGACCAUACGCUGGCAGGAGGACCCAGAGCCCGAGGACGAAAACCUCUAUGAGAAGAACCCAGACUCCCAUGGUUAUGACAAGGACCCUGUUAUAGAUGUCUGGAAUAUGCGGGUCGUCUUCUUCUUUGGCAUCUCCAUUGUCCUGGUCCUUGGCAGCACCUUUGUGGCCUAUCUGCCUGACUACAGGAUGCAGGAGUGGGCCCGCCGGGAAGCUGAGAGACUUGUGAAGUAUCGAGAGGCCAAUGGCCUCCCCCUCAUGGAAUCCAACCGUUUUGACCCCAGCAGGAUCCAACUGCCAGAGGAUGAGGACUGACCAGUUGCUGAGUGGGGCUCAAGAAGUACCACCUUCCCCACCCCCUGCCCAUCAUUCUGACCUCUUCUCAGAGCACCUAAUUAAAGGGGCCGAAAGCUUGA